AUGCGCACGCGAUGUCGGAACUUGCACAUGUUCCACCCCCGUCGCGCGUGGAUCAUGUUGGUCUAUGUAGUUCUCUGGUCACUAUGUUUGACGCUGGUGCAUGGUAUGCGCGGCGAUCAGAUCAAGGAGCUGAGGCAAGAGACCGAGCGCAUGUUUUAUCAUGGAUAUGAGAAUUAUCUCGAGCAUGCCUUUCCCGAAGACGAACUCCGUCCGUUGACCUGCGGCCCCUUGACGCGCGAUGACAAGAACGCCGAGCAAAACGAUGUCCUCGGAAACUAUACCCUGACUCUAGUUGACAGCUUGUCCACCUUGGCGAUCCUCUCGUCGAGUCCCGAGAGCGGCGAUCGUGCCCUGGCAAGUUUUCAGGAUGGAGUGAAGGAGUUUGUGAGAUUAUACGGAGAUGGCUCGAGCGGUCCUGCUGGUCAGGGCGAGCGGGCUAGAGGAUUUGAUAUCGAUAGCAAGGUGCAGGUCUUUGAGACUGUGAUUCGUGGCUUGGGCGGAUUACUCAGUUCCCAUCUUUUUGCAAUUGGGGAGUUGCCCAUCAGUGGAUACGAACCGACGGAUGAGGAGGCUGCUUAUGCAAGUGCCUGGGACAAAAGCCAAUUCUCAGAGGAUCACCAUGGCAUUGUUUGGGAUAAUGGCUUUGUCUAUGACGGUCAAUUUCUUCGACUGGCGGUCGAUCUGACGCAUCGUCUUUUGCCUGCGUUCUAUACCGGUACUGGACUCCCUUACCCGCGGGUCAAUUUGCGACACGGGAUUCCUUUCUAUGGAAACUCGCCGUUGAAUACAAAGACCAAACGCGACCAGGAUCAGUCACCAAAGUACGCGUACAUGAAGGCCGAGGAGGACAUUACGGAAACUUGCAGUGCUGGCGCGGGAAGCUUGGUACUGGAGUUUACUGUCCUUAGUCGAUUGACGGGAGACGGUCGAUAUGAGGAAUUGGCCAAAAGAGCAUUCUGGGCCGUCUGGUCACAUCGCAGCGAGAUUGGUCUUAUAGGAUUCGGGAUUGAUGCGGAGUCAGGCAAGUGGGUGGGACCGUAUUCCGGGAUUGGCGCCGGCAUUGACAGCUUCUUCGAGUAUGCUUUCAAAUCUCAUGUUCUCUUGUCUCAAGGAGAACGGCCGGCAUUUGACCCGAAGAAUCCGUGGGCCAUUUUGGAUGAUUACUAUCUGCCUCUGAGUGACGAGGAGCACUCCGCGGAUGCUUUUCUGCAGGUCUGGGAGGAUUCGCACAACGCAAUCAAUCGCCAUCUGUAUCGCGGAGAGGGGUACCAGCACCCGCAUCUCAUCGUUGGUGAUGUCUCGACCGGCGCAACCCGAGCCUUCUGGAUUGAUAGCUUGAGUGCUUACUACCCGGGACUCUUGGCGUUGGACGGCAAGAUCGACGAAGCGAUUCAGAUUCACCUCUUGACCACGGCUGUCUGGACACGAUACUCGGCUCUUCCCGAGCGUUGGAACGUGGCCACAGGCGACAUCGAGGGCGGACUGAGCUGGUAUGGCGGACGCCCUGAGUUCAUCGAGUCGACAUACUAUAUCUAUCGGGCGACGCAAGAUCCCUGGUAUCUGCAUGUGGGCGAGAUGGUACUGCGGGAUCUCAAGCGGCGAUGUUGGACGAAAUGUGGCUGGGCUGGGUUGAGAGAUGUCAAGACGGGCGAAAUGAUGGACCGGAUGGAAAGCUUCUUCCUUGGCGAGACUGCCAAGUACAUGUUCUUGCUAUUCUCACCAGAUCAUCCGCUCAACAAGCUCGAUGCGCCGUGGGUCUUUACGACCGAGGGUCAUCCUCUGGUCAUUCCUCAAAGGGCAUCAUCUGGGCCCAGGCGUGGACAGAGUCGCGCGGCUGGUAAGGAGCGGCAGGUGGCAGGGUCACCUAACGUAGCCAUCAAUUUCUGUCAGGCGCCUGUACUGUCCUCGACCUUUGGGGUGUCAUUGACGGCUUCGCGCUCAGAUAUCUUCCAUGCAGCCAGCUUGGCACGACUACAUCUUCGACCCCAACUGGGUGCAGGCGAGGGUCCCAUUCUACAGCAUUCGCCAGACCACCCAAGUGUAUCAGUCUCAGACCUGUCAUCGCCUACGAAUUACACAUUCUACCCUUGGACUCUACCACCUCAACUCGUCCCGUUUAAUGGCACCAGCGCACCGAUGGCCUUACGUCCAACAAUGGACAUUUCAUUCCCCUCCUUACCCGGAGGCGUCAAUCUGGGCUCCAAUGCUCUGGAGCGUGUCCGUGACGGGGUCUUUGUGAAAUCCAUCGGGGGUCUUCGACUGAGCAUGAUCCAAGACGUCCCUCUCCUCGGGGCAACCAAGGCCUCCGAACUCGAAGACGGAUACCGCGUGCAAGUCAUCAAUAACGUCCCACUCGGCAAGGAUGAGAAGGUAUACAUCUCUCGCCAGAUCACCUUUGACGUCGUUGACCCGUACGAUCCGAAUUUCACCCGGGUCCGCGACACCGCCAUGCUUGAUCUCGUGAUUGACGUUCUCGCAGACCCCUCUCGCCGUCGCAAUGGCUCAACUGCUCCGGGAUCUAGCGAGCCUACAUCAGAACAUCCAGCAGCGUCAGCAGCAGCAGCAGCAGCAGCGGCGGCGAACAAGCACAUUCCACGCGGUCGAGCCGCAGCUGCCGCAGAUGCGAGUGGAAGCGGAGCCGUCCACGCCCCCGAUUCCCCAAUGAAGACGAUUCUGUCCAGCCUGUUAAACACCGUUUCCAGUCUGAUCCGAGAUGAUUCCGACGAGGUGGCUCCACUCAGGCUGAGUCUCCCAGCGAGCAUUCCCACGGGCAUCGGCGCCGCACCACUCCCGGAAGUCGAAGAUGCCAUGACCCUCUCCCCUCGCGGCAUCCCCUCCACUGCCCGAUUGACCUGGUCAACCAUCUAUUUUGCAGGGGACUUGUGCUCGGAUCGCAUCCUCCGCGACACGGCCCAAACCCACGAAGUCCUCGUCAUCAAGCGCGGUGGCUGCACGUUUUCCCAGAAGAUGCGCAACAUUGCCGCCUUUCGACCGGGCCGCUCGUCUCUCAAACUAGUCGUCAUUGUCUCCUAUGACGAGACCGAAACUGCAACCUCGGACAUCCCACGCUCCGCUUCGGAUGCGUCCAGCGCUGCAGAUGCAGACGGGGCCGAACACUCAAGCUCGAAUCCGCAGUCCAUCCCCUUGGUCUCUCUCGCUGCCCAACGUGCCGAAAGCGCUUUGAUCCGUCCCCACCUCGACGAGACACAGAUGACGGCCAGUGGGAUUCCACGAAGCAAUAUGCUGAGUAUGGUGAUGGUGGGCGGGGGCGAGGAGACGUAUGCUUUAUUGCAGGUUGCUUCGGGGGUGGGCAUUCGGAGGCGGUAUAGUAUGCGUUCACGAGGUGUGCCGAUUACUAAUGUACAUAUCAUUUAA